GGAGGGGGGGAGAGAGAGAGACUGCAAUAUCAUUUGUGAAUCGUUCACAGGGCUGCAGAUACAUAUUGCUAACACAUGCAGUGCAAAUGCAGGUAGCAGAGCACCGACUGCGGCUCUGCCACCACUAACUUCGGGCUCUGAUUUUUUUAUUCUUUCAUUUUUUUUUUUAAUGAUUUGGCUUUAAGAACUUUGCGCGUAUUUACGCACAUCUUUACGCACACCGCUGGAUCAAGGGACAAUAUACAGGUUUUUUUUUUUUUUCCUUUGCUUCUUUCUUUUUCUUUCCCUUUUGUGGUUGUGAAUGACACAAACCGCUUCCUGCAAGUAUCCUUCUCUUAUUGUGGAAUAAUACAACAAACUGUGCAGGGAUCGUGGAGUGGGAGAAGGAAGCAGAGGCAGCAGAAGCAGAACCCACUCAAUUCUCCUCAUAUGUGAUUACAAUUGCUGGAUUGGGCUGCCCUGUGCGAUCACUGUCCCUUGUGUGGACUCCUUGCAACCUUCCCCCACCCUUUCUGUGUGAUUUCCCCCCUGUCCUGGGCAGAGUGGCAUGGACUGAGAAGAGAAGGGGCAGCAGCAGCACUUAAGAGGGGGGCACUUGGAGCCAAGCACUGAGAAGGGGCAACUAUGAGAGGUUAACUUUGCGCUUGGAUCGUACAAGUCGGAAAGAAAAGGAGAUCCCGUUGUUCCUCCAAGCAGCCCAGCUCAGCCCAGCCAGGUCCCGGAGACCAUGAGGACUGUGUGGGGCUGGUGCCUGUUCCUGCUGCGGACGUCCCUGGCGCUGGCAUCCUCCAAGCAGGUGCUGAAGUACCGGCUGGCAGAGGAAGGGCAGCCGGACCUCAGGAUCGGCAAUGUGGCAUCGGACAUCGGCAUCGUCACCGGCUCCGGGGAUGUGACCUUCAGCCUGGAGUCCGGCUCCGACUACUUCAAGAUCGACAACAUGACCGGCGAGCUGAGCACCACCGAGCGGAGGAUCGACCGCGAGAAGCUGCCGCAGUGCCAGAUGAUCUUCGACGAGAACGAGUGCUUCAUCGACUUCGAGGUGUCGGUGAUCGGACCCUCGCAGAGCUGGGUGGAGCUGUUCGAGGGCCGGGUGGUCAUCCUGGACAUCAACGACAACACGCCGACCUUCCCGUCCCCGGUGCUCACCCUGACCGUGGAGGAGAACCGGCCGGUGGGCACCCUCUACCUGCUGCCCACCGCCACCGACCGCGACUUCGGUCGCAACGGCAUCGAGCGCUACGAGCUGAUCCAGGACGCCGGCGAGAGCCUGUACGUCUCCGGUCGCCGGGGCGCCGGCACCGGGGGUCGCCUGGAGGAGGGCGCCCCGUACCCCGGCGCUGGCGGCAAGCGGAGGAUGGAGACCGACAUCCGGAGCAGCGUGUUCGAGCUGCAGGUGGCCGACACCUCGGACGGAGAGAAGCAGCCGCAGCUGAUCGUCAAGGGGGCGCUGGACCGGGAGCAGCGGGACUCGUACGAGCUGACCCUGCGGGUGCGGGACGGCGGGGAGCAGCCGCGAUCCUCGCAGUCCAUCCUGCGGGUGCUGAUCACCGACGUCAACGACAACAGCCCCCGCUUCGAGAAGAGCGUGUACGAGGCGGACCUGGCGGAGAACAGCAGCCCCGGCACCCCCAUCCUGCAGCUCAGAGCCGCCGACUACGACGUGGGGGUGAACGGGCAGAUCGAGUACGUCUUCGGGGCCGCCACCGAGUCGGUGCGCCGGCUGCUGCGCCUGGACGAGAACUCGGGCUGGCUGAGCGUCCUGCACCGCAUCGACCGGGAGGAGGUCAACCAGCUGCGCUUUACCGUCAUGGCCCGGGACAGGGGCCAGCCGCCCAAAACCGACAAGGCCACCGUGGUGCUGAACAUCAAGGACGAGAACGACAACGUGCCGCUGAUAGACAUCCGCAAGAUAGGGCGCAUCCCGUUGAAGGACGGUACGGCCAGCGUGGCCGAGGACGUGCUGGUGGACACCCCCAUUGCCCUGGUGCAGGUGUCCGACCGGGACCAGGGGGAGAACGGAGUGGUGACCUGCACGGUGGUGGGCGACGUGCCCUUCCAGCUGAAGCCGGCCAGCGAGGGGGAGGGCGAGCAGAACAAGAGGAAGUAUUUCCUGCACACCUCGGCCCCCUUGGACUACGAGAACGUCCAGGAGUACAACGUGGUCAUUGUGGCCGUGGACUCCGGCAGCCCCAGCCUGUCCAGCAACAACUCCUUGCUGGUCAAGGUGGCCGACACUAACGACAACCCCCCCAUCUUCAGCCAGCCGGUGGUGGAGGUGGCUUUCCCGGAGAACAACCUGCCCGGCGAGCGGGUGGCCACAGUUAUCGCCACCGAUGCCGACAGCGGCAAGAACGCCGAGAUCGCAUACUCCCUGGAACAGUCGGUGGCCGGCGUCUUCUCCAUCCACCCGGACAGCGGGGACAUCACGGCCAACCUGGUGCUGGAUCGCGAGCAGAACGACAGGUACGAGUUCCGGGUGGUGGCCAGGGACAAGGGGCUGCCGGGCGUGCUGCAGGGGACGGCCACGGUGGUGGUGCAGGUGGCCGACCGGAACGACAACGAUCCCCGCUUUAUGCAGGACGUCUUCAACUUUUACGUCAAGGAGAACCUGCAGCCCAACAGCCCCGUGGGGAUGGUGACGGUGAUGGACGCAGACAAGGGUCGCAACGCCGAGAUGAGCCUCUUCAUUGAAGAAGACAACGGCCUAUUUACUAUUGAGAACAACACCGGCACCAUCUGCUCCACGGUCUCCUUCGACAUGGAGCAGCAGACCUCCUACACCUUCAAAGUCAAGGCGAUAGACGGGGGCGACCCCCCUAGGUCUGCUACGGCUACAGUCUCCCUCUUUGUAAUGGACGAGAAUGACAAUGCCCCUGUGAUCACCAGUCCGGUCAACAGCUCCUAUACGGUGGUCCCCCCUUCCAGCAGUGUCAGGACAGUGGUGGCCACCGUGAUGGCCACUGACACAGACACAGGUGUCAAUGCAGAUCUCAAUUACAGCAUUGUUGGUGGGAACCCCUUUAAACUCUUUGAAAUCAACCCUGCCAGUGGAGUGGUGUCCCUUGUGGGCAAGCUGGCUUCCAAGCACUAUGGCCUGCACCGCUUGGUGGUCCAAGUCAAUGACAGUGGUCAACCAUCCCAGUCCACCAUAGCCCUGGUCCAUGUCUUCAUCAAUGAGACUGUCUCCAAUGCCUCAGUGGUGGACUCCCAAAUCACCAGAAGUUUGCACACCCCUUUGACCCAGGAUAUUGCUGGAGACCCCAGCUAUGAAAUGAGCAAGCAGAGACUGAGCAUAGUGAUUGGUGUGGUGGCUGGGAUCAUGACUGUCAUACUGAUCAUAUUGGUGGUGGUCAUGGCACGCUACUGUAGGGCAAAGAGUAAAAAUGGAUAUGAAGCUGGUAAGAAAGACCAUGAGGACUUUUUCACCCCCCAGCAGCAUGACAAGUCUAAAAAGCCCAAAAAAGAUAAGAAAAAUAAGAAAUCUAAACAGCCACUCUACAGCAGCAUAGUGACAGUGGAGGCUUCAAAGCCGAAUGGGCAGAGAUAUGACAGUGUGAAUGAAAAGCUGUCAGACAGCCCCAGCAUGGGAAGAUACAGAACUGUGAAUGGAGGUCCCGGAAGCCCUGACCUAGCAAGGCAUUACAAAUCUAGUUCCCCACUACCUACUGUGCAGCUUCACCCUCAGUCACCCACUGCUGGGAAAAAGCACCAAGCUGUGCAAGAUUUACCACCAGCCAACACUUUUGUAGGAGCUGGGGACAACAUCUCAAUUGGAUCAGAUCAUUGUUCUGAGUACAGUUGUCAGACCAAUAACAAGUACAGCAAACAGCCAUUUCGUAGAGUGACGUUUUCUGUUGUGAGUCAACCUCAGGACCCUCAUCAGGGGUCAUUGCAGAGUUGCUAUGACAGUGGGCUGGAAGAAUCCGAGACACCGAGUAGUAAGAGCUCAUCAGGACCAAGACUGGGCGCCCUACCACUACCAGAGGACAACUAUGAACGAACUACGCCGGAUGGCAGUGUUGGUGAGGCAGAGCAUAUGGAAAAUGGCUGUGACAGUAAACCAAAGCUGCCACCCAUGGGCUUAUUAGAGCAUGACAGCCAGGCCACCUGUAGUGAACCUUUUCCAGGAAGACGCUUCUCUCAACGAUGGGGAAAUACCCUUCCAAUUUGCGUCAGAGACUCAAGACCUUUGCCGGAUGUAGCUUUAACUGGAAAAUGCACAAGAGAAUGUGAUGAAUAUGGGCACUCUGACUCCUGUUGGAUGCCGGUCCGUACAUCCCCUGAAAGGAAGCCGAAGAACCAGCCAAAGCUCUCCACUUUUAUGCCGGUUGAUGAACGAGACAGCCAAGAAAAGCUGGCCAACGGAGAAGUUUCACUCAUGGGCGAUCGCAACAGAAAUCUACUUAACAAAAAGUUGGCAUCGUAUGAGACCAUCAACCUAGCUACCUACAGUAAAAGCGAAGAAGCCAAUCCCGAGGAUAUUCCCCUUACACAAACAGGGGAAUACAAGCCAUCUCCUGUCAACACUUUAACUAGAAGAGAAGUUUAUCUGUAAGCUAUUUGAAGCGACAGGGUUCUUUCAUAUUAAAAAAGCAAGAAUAUAAGGCAAAACUUUACAGUCAUAACAGUACAACUCAGAAAUAUGAGGGGGCCACCAAAGAGACAAAAGCUUUGCCUGCCACUUUUGCCUGCAUACCAGGCAAUUAUCAUGUCUGCUUAAAUAUAUUGUGAUAUGUAGAGACCACUAUUAUUACUUGCAUGUGUUAGCCCUUCCACUGCUGGUUUUCCCCCCACUAAAUUUAUGGCUGCAAUCCGAUUUCAUGGUAACUGACCUAAUUAAUAAAAAACAGAUCACAAUUUUAGUCAUAUGCAGAAGCAUGUACAUAGUACUUAUUAUUGUGACUUUAUUGUGAAUUAGCUCACUGUUAACAGUGCAAUCAGCUAUAGUCAAUACAUAUCAGGGCAAUACAAAUUACAAAAAAAUAAACCCUUGCACAAUUACUAGUUAGCUGUUAUAACAUAAUAACAUAUAUGUGACGAAAACAUAUCAGAGCAACAGGGUGAUAUAAAUGAAAAGAAUGAAAAGAAACCCUAUAAUCACACAAUACUGAUUACUGUAUGUAUGUAUGUAUGUAUGUAUGUAUGUAUGUAUCUAUAUAUAUAUAUAUACACACAGAUAGAUAGAUAUGUCUAGUAACAGGAUAAAAGUAGUAAUAAUAAUAAUAAUAAUAAAAAAUAAUAAUAAUAACAACAACAAUUAUAAUAAUAAUUUUAUUUAUGUAGUAUUUUUUCCAAAAGAUUCAGGGCAUUUAACAGCUUUAUAUUUUAAUAAAUUAGAAAACCAAUCUCUGACACUAUAGGAUCAUUACAAAAUACAGUACAUGGAAACUUUUUUUAUCCAGUCAGUGGUGGCUCUAGAGGUGGUGCUCCAGCACAGUCCAAAAUUCAAAUAGAGGAGCCACACCAACUGCCAUUUAAAUUGCUGUCAAAUACCACUGGCCAGUACUCACUGGCAGUUGGUGUGGCUCCCCUAUUUAAAUUUUGAACUGUGCUGCAGACCUAUCUCUGGAGCCGCCACUGUAUCCAAUGAUUUGUUCAUAACAAUAAAAUGCCAUUAUAUAUCAAUAAGUGAUAAAUUUCACUGUGAGUGAUAAAUUGCACAAGCCAAUCAGCGCCUAACUGCCAUGUUACAGACUGUGUUUGAAAAUGACAGUUAGGAGGUGAUUGGCUGGUGCAAUUUAUCACUCACAGUGAAAUUUAUCACUCAUUGAUAAAUACAGGCAAAAGUGUUUAUAUUUGGCCAUUAAAUUAUGUUUGGAGUUCAGACUUUUUCAUUUCAAUGAGUAUAAGUUACGCAUAUUUUUUCAUACUCAUAAAUAUCUAUAACAUGGCAUACAGUAGGCUGGAAGCACUUAAACAGAUGUGGUUUUAGACAAAAAAAAUCUUACAUUUUUAAAUGACAUUUGCCAUGUAAUUUUGAACUUUACCUUACAUUCUACAGUAUGGAUUUUUUAAAGCGUAAAUUGUGACUCUGUUUUUUCUUCUCCUAUAUCACAAAUAGCAAUAAUAACGACACUACAGCUUUCAAUGACAAAACAACUGUUUAUUAAUAACUAACUUACUAAUUAACUAAAUAAGUGUUAACAUGCCCAUUUAUUUCCUGUCAGAAUCUCAGUGACCUCCCUGGCAAUAUUCUUGUGUAUGAAUGAACCAAUCUGUAUAGAAUACACCUUACCUAAGAGAAUGCAAGCCAAUCCUCUUUCACCAUUUACUUACAAUAAUGUAAGAUAGUAAAACAGACAAAAUGUUGGUUACGUUUAGGCAACUCAAAGAAACCUUACAUUAGUUCAAUAUACAGUAAUUCUAUUCUCAUAUUAUUCAUGCUUUGAUAUAUUAAAAUAUUAAAGCUGAUUCAUUACUUGCAGUUUAUGUUACAUUUUAGCAUGCUACAGUCCAUUGGAGAAUAAACAGCCGCCAUUUUUAAUAUUCAUAUAUACUUUAUUUUCUCUUUGGGGGCCCUUUUGCCAUAAUCGUGUAGUUUUCUUUUUUGUUUAACCAUUCAUUUUAAGCAUGAUAGUUUUACAAACACACAGACACGUGAACACACUUACACCAUUACUAGUAAUGGUAUAUUUAGGAGAAUUGGAGAUUUUGAGACUGACUAAGCUAUGCUUCAUUGUAUAAUUUGUAAGUACUUGUUAAAAGUAAAAAAAAAAUAUUCAUAAAAUGCUUCUGUAUAAUACUUAUGGAGUUUUAUUGCAUGUUUCUCCUGUCUGCAUAGCCAAUUAGUUAAACAUAUCUAUUUUAAUUUGCUAAAUAAAAUAAUACUUGUAAUAGAUAGUCAUAAGUCUCAAUUUUUACACACUAAUGCAAAGCAUAAAUGAUUGCACCAUUCAGUCAUUCAGCAAUUUUUAUUCUAUAUAAAAUGCAGUGAUAGUACCAUCAUUUUAUGCAAAGACAUUUUCUUAGAGCUAAACUUAUUAAACAAAUACAUAUUCUUUGUAUAUAGAGUACACAGUCGUUUUCUAGUGGAACACCAAAUAAAGUAACCAUCAUACUUUAACAUGUUGAUUACUCUAUUCACUUGGCAUGAUACAAAGAACAGUAUUUUGCAUUAGUAAUUUUAGCUUUUGUUUGAAUAGGUUCUGUCUGUUACUACUAUGUAUAUUUAAAGAUUUUGUAAAAAAAAAUGGCAAAAAAAAGUUAUAAUAAUAUUGAUAAAAAAAUAAAAUAAAAGGGUGAAUGCAACUUAUGCAACUGUGCCUUUUAUAACUGUUAUCAUUGUAAGACAGUGGUCUGGUCCAGAAACUAUACGGUUAUCAGGCUCAUCCCUAGUUCACUGAAUCUUUGUAUUUACAGUAACUACAUUUAUUUUUUGACAAUUUAUAUGUGUUCAAAAAGAAAACUGCCUUCUUCUAAACUCUAAUGAUGGAAAGGGGUCUGAAAUGGGAACCCUGUUUCUGCCCUGGGGACUUGCAUCAUUGCUAUAAAGGAGCAGAUUUGGAACAUUGAGUUUAAAUGCUGUGGGCUUGUUCUAUACCCUUACAUGAUGGGGUAUAUACAAAAGGUUCACAGCUACUGUAAGUCAAUGAGCAAGUGUCUACCCUUACUGUACAUUGUUUGACACUCAACAAGUAUUUAGUUUAUUGCUAUUACCACUUGUUUGUACCUAAUUCAUACAUGUUCCAUUAACUAGGAUAUCAAACAAACUGCAUGCAUUACAUUAUUUCUCAGUUGUAGGUAUAUAUAUAUAUAUAUAUAUAUAUGUGUGUGUAUGUAUAUAUACAUAUAUACAUAUAUAUAUAUAUAUAUAUAUAUAUAAACCUCUAUUUUGCAGCCUACUGCUCCUUCUGAAUUGUAUAUGUUUAUUAUUUGUGUUUGGGCUUUGGACUGUCUAGCCUGCUGCUUCAGUUUCGCAGAAUGGGGAUUAUUUUUGCGUAGUAUGUUGAAAGAGUUUUUUUUUAUUCUUCUGAGAAGCAAUCCCAGGAAAUGUGUCCAAUAUGUGGGAACACGACCUGUAUAGUUUCAUAAGCUACAAUGAAUGCAACUUACUCAUGGUUCUAUAAUAAAUGAAUAAAGAGUUUCACAGAAUUGAAGAUAAGUGAAGUACAUAAUGAAAGUGCAUCAUAAAGAAGCCAUGUUGCUUUGAGCAACUGAAAGCAGACAGCGCCAUCAGGUUUUCACCUGGGGUUGUGGCAUGACUUUCCUUCGAAGCAAACAAAUACCCUCGCAUUCAAUGUGGUUCGAUCUGUUUGUAAUAUCAAUCAUUGACUAUUGUUCUGCAAUUUGGAUGUCGAUAGUAAAGCAACGAACAAGUUUUCAUUGUUUAUUAUGAGUCACUAUGCACGCAGCUAUGCUAAGCAAGCAAUGUAUUAAACGCUAGUCCACUUCUAUUUAUGAAAUAUUUUACAUAAUUUAAAUUGCUUUUGUACAGUUUUCUGUAAAUAAACUGCUUGCCAUUAUUUUUUUUUCCUUUUUUUCAGUCUUUGCAGAUUAAAAUAUAAUAUGGUUAAAA